CAGACCCACGAGUGCAAGUGACUCAAAUGGUUUUUAAAUCUUGCGAAUGGAAAGUUAAUGCAAGCUGAGGUGGAGAACGGGGGAUCUACGUGCUGUGGAAGUAUCCCGGCGUUAUCGCCGAUGAUCUGACUUGUAGAGGGAGUAUGUCUUCCUUUAGCUUGUUGUUAGUUCAUCCAACUCUAUUGUCGUAUUAUUUCAAUCUUUUUUUUUUGUUUUGUUUUGUUUUGUUUUGUUUUGCUUCUCGUUCUUUUGAAAUCAAUUGUAAUUCAUGCGCUGUUCAAGUAGUAGGAUCUCGAAUACAGUGGGAUUCCCGUGACCUGAAUAACAGCUCGAGAAUAACCGAAACUACUACUAGUAACAGCUCAGAGCUGCAUGCGAGAAAUAUUCAAAUCCCGCCAACCGGAGAUGAGCACUUCCUCCCCGAUAGUUGCAUCCGGAAAUUUCAUAGUAGUUUGAUUGGCUAUCCGAGGUUAUGCCAUAGUGUUUGUUCCAUGAUUCCAAGGUUUAGAUAAUCGAUCAGUCUGCGUACAUUUAUAUGUACAUCUAUAGAUAGACCUUGCUUGUAGGUUAUUUAAUAGUUAUGUGAUCUUAUCGAUGAAGGGUAUUGGAACAAAGGCUCCUCUGCGCCCGGGUCUCUAGAGAAACAUCACGUAGAGAAUC